GUUUGAAAAUGGCGGCGCAGUUUGGCAAAGAACACGAUUGCUACGUGCUUGGAGCCGCACCGCUGGAUGUAGUUUUAGUGAAAGAAGCACUGGUGACUGCCUGUAUAGUCUACCUACAACUCAAUUAUUGCAAUACAAUGAAAUUUUCCUCUUAGCUGAAAGCAAUAACAACAUACCAGUGAAAUGGUCUUCCGCAGCUAAAGGUGACAACAUGCUGUCACUUCCACACGUGUAGAAAAUGCAAUUUAGAUCUACAGACCACUUGAACACUUAGGACACUAGCGAACAAAACAACUUAAUUACGAAUACAAAGGACGACUUUGUUUACGUCAACAGUAUUAGUUUAGCGUAGUCUGCUUACGCAUUCCAACAGUAAUUAUCUAUAAUAUAGGGUGUACUGCCACAGCUAAAUUAAUUAAUAGCACAGUACUGUACCAUCUUUGGUAUGCCACUAAGAAGCUCGUUUCACUACCAGAAGUUUGUACAGGUCAAAGUGAGAUCAAAUAGAAGUUGAAGCGUGCUUGUUAUUACGCAGUGGAUGAUCAAAUCAACAUUAUUUGGCACGUGCUGACCUGUCUGAGUGAUCCCAGGCGUGAGUAGGUAUGUACACAGACGGAGCCAAGAAAUUAGGAUCUCCAUGCACUGCAGUGUACCAUACUCCCUAUCCGUUUCUGUGGAAACAAGCAACUUUACAUCAUUUUUAGCUCGAUAUGCGUCAGCAACUUUCGCUCCAAGCACCCAGUCUUCCGUGGAAGCUUAGAAUUAGCUAGUUGUUUUCUCUCCACGACGCAAGUCAUCAGUUCUACGUCUCUCGUCUAGCUAUCUGAUAUCAGUAUGAGGUCGCUAGGACAAUUAACUCAAUUGUAAUCUGUAUGGCUGGGUAACUAUUCAGUGAGGAUAAUUGAUACUUACCAUGCGGUCAUUAGACCGUAGCUGUCUGCUAUUCGCGACGUUUCUACGUUCGAGGGUGGUCAUCGACAUGCAUUAGCAGUCCGUAUUGUCGGGCAGCGGCGUAUUUGAUUGAGAGAUGUGCGCAAUUUUGUCAGUCAGAGCCGCGGUCAGUGUACAACUAACUGCAGCCGUAUCUCUGCGAUGACGUGGCCAAUUCUGUCAUUUUCACUCGUCAUUGCCUUCACUUCGUUUGGUCUGUGUCAAUCGGUGACGUACCUGUGUGCUGAAGCAACAACAUUGUGUAACCGGAGUAGCACGUGUUCUUCUACCAUGUCGACCAUGGCCGUCGCUUGCCAGACUGUAUACAAGGGAACGGGCUGCAGUGGAGAGUGUCUACGAGAAUAUCAGCGACUUAUCAGUGGACCAAUUGGAAUUCAAUUUAAUGGCUGCGACUGUCAAGGAGACGUCGGUUGUCUCGAUCGAACGACUUUGUUUCACAGCAGCUGCUACCCUAGGCAGUCGCCGUGUGCUAUCGUAGUCGACAAGUGCAAUGGUGAAUCGCGUUGUAGAGUGGCUCUGGCGAACUUUAGAGUUCAUUGCAGGACUGUUCUAGAUGAAAACGCCAAGGGCUGCACUCUCACGUGUAAGAACUCAUUGGACAUUUUGCUAACGCAUUCGAUUAUCGGUGAGCACAUUUGUCUGUGUCAACCUCAAGACAUGUCUAGCUGUGACGAGUUUGCAAAGAGUAUUACUUUGGCUAUGAUUACGUGUGAAGAAGGCCCGCUGAGAGAAGAUGACCAGCUGACAGAAGAAGUGACAGAAGUUUCAACGGCAGUGAGAGUCACCGCUUGUGACAUACUCUUUUGGGUUUGUUGCCUCUUGGUGACCUGCAUUCUCCAUUCGUUUUUGUGGGAGUCCUUUUAGUUAGCAAAUGCAAACUGGUGACUUGCAAUUUAAAGGCCAUGAAAUCAUUUCUAUUGUUUGAAGCAAUUAAUAGAUGGAACUGUGCUAGAGUGGUAAACUCAAUUGUUCUCCGUAAUUACGUAAUUACUACUAGUAGUUGACUCAAGACUUUACAAUCAUUGUCUUUGUCAGAGUAAUUAGACUUGGUUGAGUGAAUAGGAUAUAUUUGACAGAAGUCAUAAUUACAAUUUGUG